CAGUUGUCUAUAGUGUUGUGUCACACGACUAUCAAUGGAAAGAUCAAACACCAGAAGAACUCCUCUUUGGCCAUACCAUCGAAACAGGACUCACCGAAUAAACCGGUUUUGGAGCACUCACUGCACCAACUGUUACGAGAGUUGCAUCACAACACACUUCAUCACCCAAUGCCACACCCGACCACUGCCACACUCGGCGUCAGUCGUAAGCGGUAUUUGGCCGGUCCUGAGGCCUACGACCGACAGACGAUCGCAGAAUUGAGCAAAAGUGACACCAUUUUGGAGCAAAUCAUAGCCCAAACACAGCACGACUUGUUGCGGUUGCGGACAAUGUUUAUGAUCGACACACUCGCCUCUGAGAUCAAAGACCCCAUAAUUGUGGCCCAUUGGCUGUGUCUCAACAGCGCCACCAAAAGUAGCGUCAAAAUCAAUAUCGUUUCGUAUGGAUACGAAUCCCUGUGCAGAACACCUCUGGUUAUCCAUAUCUCUACCAAAUCAUUAAAAGCCAUUCUUAGGGACGGAAGGGUUAUAAACAUGUCAUACGAAUCACAAGAAUUGCGUUAUUUACUACUCAAUCAGGUAUCACAACAUCAAGUGUUUGCCAUUCAAGCGCUGGCAAAACCAAUGGGUUGGAGAGUCCUAUCACUCAAUAUAAACGUAGGCGUCGGUCACGUGGAGCCCAUCGGUACGGCCUCUUCCAUAGUAUUGGUUUCACCGAACGGCGAUCGAUGUGGACCACAUUCAGGAAUUGAGGUGAAGAUGUGUUGUUCGCCUCAAGAGUUCUACGCGAGUGCUUUAGUUCGGGACCGAAAGUGGCAGAACCUGACCGGCAGUUAUCGUGAAGUCGAUUGGGAGCGCAUUGAGGGCAAGAAUUUCAUCAAUAAAAUUGAAUAUCUUAUGGCAAAUGACGAGACUCUGGAUGGAGUGGAGAACUCGGACCUGUCCUGGCCUGACCACGAGGUCGGCACCAUUCAG